AACAGAUCCCCCUCUCUCGCCCUCAGAUUCAAUUCAGUCAAAUCAUUGCCACCUGGCCGCUGGGGGUGAAUACGCCUGCGAGCAGAACAGUUGUCUUCUGCAGUAUUUGCUUGGUUAGAAGAAGACGGGAACAUAUGUUUGAACUGCCUCCCGAAUACUCGUUAACGUCACAGUAAAAAUACAACACUUACUCCCAAAAAGCGCAGAAAUGGACGAAAAGGCGUUCACGAAAGAACUUGAUCAGUGGAUCGAGCAGCUCAACGAAUGCAAGCAGCUGUCAGAGGGACAGGUGAAGACACUAUGUGAAAAGGCAAAGGAGAUCCUGACAAAGGAGUCAAACGUCCAGGAGGUGAGGUGUCCGGUAACGGUGUGCGGGGAUGUUCACGGCCAGUUCCACGACCUCAUGGAGCUAUUCAAGAUUGGAGGCAAAUCUCCAGACACUAACUACUUGUUCAUGGGAGACUACGUGGACAGAGGGUACUACUCCGUAGAAACCGUCACUUUACUUGUAGCACUUAAGGUUCGUUUCCGGGAGCGCAUCACAAUCCUCAGAGGGAACCACGAGAGCAGACAGAUCACACAAGUCUAUGGUUUCUAUGAUGAAUGCUUAAGAAAAUAUGGAAACGCCAACGUUUGGAAGUACUUCACAGACCUGUUUGAUUACCUCCCCCUCACUGCCUUGGUAGACUCUCAGAUUUUCUGCCUUCACGGAGGCCUGUCACCAUCUAUAGAUACUUUGGAUCACAUUAGGGCUCUGGACCGUUUACAGGAGGUCCCACAUGAGGGUCCCAUGUGUGACCUGCUGUGGUCAGACCCUGAUGACCGCGGCGGCUGGGGCAUCUCCCCACGAGGAGCUGGUUACACGUUUGGUCAGGACAUCUCCGAGACAUUCAACCACGCCAACCGCCUCACACUGGUGUCUCGAGCCCACCAGCUGGUUAUGGAGGGUUACAACUGGUGCCAUGAGAGGAAUGUGGUGACAAUAUUUAGUGCUCCUAAUUACUGCUACCGCUGUGGCAACCAGGCAGCUAUCAUGGAACUUGAUGAUACCCUCAAAUACUCCUUCUUGCAGUUUGACCCUGCACCUCGUAGAGGGGAGCCUCAUGUAACCCGCCGCACCCCAGACUACUUCCUGUAAACUCUGGUCUUUGACCCUUGUACAGUCUAGUCCAGUAUUUCCAUGAUAUGACUUUCAAUCAAUAUCAACAUGAAUAAGGAAUUGGGAGGUUGGAAAACUUUGGAAUGGGGGGAGGGGGGCUUCACAGCAGUGCACACUGUAUAUUCACACAAAGACCUAUUUAAGCAUUUUGCAAAAAACAAUGUUUGUGUCUAUGUAUGGACCAAAAAGUGUGUGCCAUAAUCAUGACAAUAUUCAUUGCUGAGGACUUUGACUGAAAAUCCCCCUCCCCAGCUAUAUAACACAGCUUUAAUGUUUAAAUUCCUAGUUCUGUACAUGUAGCUGGACUGAUGGCUUCAAGACCCGAGACAAAAGUUUAUAACAUAAAAUAUGACUGUUUUAGUCCCAAAGGCCUUGGCUUAUAUUGAAAAUAUCCCAGUGUGAUGUUUGCACUUUUGUAAAUUGAAAGAAAUGUAAAAAGAUAAAGAUUUAACACUCUAAAAUGUUUUUUAAUGGUAAUAAUUAAACCCGCAUCAGGCAAGCUUCACACACAAUUUCUCUGUUCUAUGUAACUAAGGACAACCCUUCUCAUGCAGCGACACAGCUUGGUCUGUAGGAUAGAUGAAGAUGUUCAUCCUCAUCAACUCAAUAAGGCCCUCUGAACUGCAGACUCUGUAUUAACCAAAUCAUUUGAAUAAUAAAAACCAAGGUGGCUUUUU